UUUGGUGACGUUUUCUGUUUCCGAACACGUUCGGGGUAUAUCGUGCAUCGAAACAUGCAAAACCGGUCUACAAUAAAAGUUGUUUGACGUUUAUGCCGUGCAUCCUAUUUUCGUAACAUUAUCGUAACUGGUCGUAACUUGUCGUAACACACGUAAUCGCGACAAUCGCGUGCGAUCUAUUGACAAUUAUUCACACUUCGAAUUCUAGGUUAAUCAUUUUCACGUAUUUUGAUUGUCAACUUAUCGUUGAACGUAGAUUUUCACAAAUUCAACACCGUCCAUUACUUGCUAUAACUAACGCCUCAUGGGUCAAAUUCUCGAAGGAACCAUGGAGGAGAAUGUGCCUCAAAUUGAAGACGAGGACGGCAAUAAUGGUUUGAUAUUAGGAGAAAAAUAUUUGCCGCAAGAACUCAUAACAGAGAUUCUUUGUUGGGUGGAUCACAAAUCGUUAUUGAGUAGUCAACUUGUUUGCAAGAGAUGGAAGGCCUUGAUGGAAACCUACGUGUGGAGAAAAAAAGCCGAACUAACGUUAGGUCGUUCUUUGAAAAUGUUGAAGAAUGUACCUUGGCAAUUGUUUUAUGUAAUUUGCAAAAAACAACCAUUCGAUCGUAAUCUUCUGAAAAAUCAUUCGGGUGAAAACGGUGUAGACAAACAUUGGAAAAUCCUGUGCCAGGGCGGUGAUCACUGGAAAGUUGAGUGUCCACCACUCGGAGUUCCAGCUCUGCCGAGCGAAAUUGCUGGUAGUGGUGAAAAACAACAUUGUUUUGUAACCUCUUAUUACACCUGCAGAAAGCAACAAGUCGUCAAGUUGGCCGACGAAGGACUCACCCCGCAAUUACUUGACGUACUGCAACCACCCAUUGUGGUUAGCGAAUGGUACAGCAGCCGGUGGGAUUGUCCAGCGACUUACGAGUGCAUCGUUAAGUUAAUCGGCAAGAAGAAAAAAGUUUUGGAUUCGUUCGAAUUUCAGAGAUCAAUAGAAAAUAAUCUGCAAGACACGUGGCAUCAAAUGAAACACGAGUUCCGGAAUUACGGUCCAGGUUUGGAACAAAUAAUCUUCCAACAUGCUGGAUCAGACAAUUUGUUUUGGGCCGGUCACUACGGCAGCAAAAUGACGAGGGCCUCGAUAGUGAUUAAAUUACCUGAAGCACAUAAUUCCGAUUCGAUCAAAGUUGACUGUAAAACGGGCGUUCCUGAGAAUGAGUCUAAUACUUAUCAUCAUCAUCGUAAUUCUCAAAAUCAAAAUAGUUUUUCGAGAAGACCAAGCUUAGAAAUAGAUGAAAUAGAUUAAUGGACAUUCGCAAACGAUGAACGGUUACCGAAGGCAUUAAUGAUAACGGUAAAAUUUAUGGAAACAGAGGAAAACAUAUAUACAUGUUAUAUUCAUAUACACCAAAUCGAAGCGGGUCUUCGGUGUAUUCUUUUCGUGGAUUGAUCGAGUGGGCGUGCGCGUGUGUGUGUGUGUGUGUGUGUGCGCGCGUGUUCCAAAAUUGUGUACAUUUUUUUCUUCAUGCGCUGAUGGUUGUUUACGUAUUUCUACGAUUAAAAAACAGAACUCGGAAAAAAUUUUGGCCCGAUUUAUAAAAAAGAAAUUUUUGACGUUGAUAUCGCAUUGGGGUUGUUGCUUAAUAUUGUUAUUUGUACGAGUAAAAAAAUGCUAUAUUGCGUACUAUAAUUAAAAGUUAAAAGGCAUUUUUUGUAGGAAUGCUUUUAACAAUGAAAUUUGACCGUAAAUUUUUCAUAUUUUUGCAAUAUUUUUGUUAGCAGUUUGUUUAUUAUGUCAAAAAAUUACAAAUUAAAAAUGCCGUUUGUAAAUAAAUUAUUUCUCUAUA